AUCUCUAUUGCCUUCACAGCCAUGGCUGAAUCGGAAUCCAAUUUGGAUCCUUACGAGUUUCUCAAAAUCAAACAAAACCCGGAUGGCUCACUCACCCGAUUUGCUCCGAUUCCAUCAUCACCCGCCACACCCCAACUCACUACCGAUUCCCAACUCGCUCUCUCCAAAGACAUCCCACUCAACCCCACCACCACCACCUGCCUCCGCCUAUUCCGCCCGCCGACAACCACCACGGGGAAAAAAAUCCCAGUCAUCAUCUACUUCCACGGCGGUGGCUUCAUCCUCUUUAGCGCAACCUCUUUUCCCUUCCACAAUUCUUGCUCCGCCGUAUCUGCUCAGUCUCCGGCUCUCGUGAUCUCCGUCGAGUACCGCCUUGCGCCGGAACACCGUCUUCCGGCGGCGUACGACGAUGCUGUGGAGGCGAUAUUGUGGGUGCGUGACCAGGCUCUAGGUAUAGGGAUCAACGGUUGCGACGAAUGGUUGACUGAGCUUGCUGACUUUUCUAAAGUGUACUUAAUGGGAAGUAGCUCUGGUGGAAAUAUCGUCUACAAUGCAGGUCUACGUGCGCUUGAUAUGGAUCUUGAUCCGAUCAAGAUCGUAGGGCUCAUAAUGAACCAACCGUUUUUCGGUGGGGUCAAGCGCACCGAAACAGAGCUUCGGCUAGUAAAUGACCGUAUUGUCCCUUUGACGGCGAAUGAUCUCAUGUGGUCUCUUGCACUGCCUGAAGGCUGUGAACGAGACCACGAAUAUUGUGAUCCAUUACGAGAUCAAGACAAAUCUUAUAACGAAAAGAUCACCCGACUCCCGAAAUGUUUGAUCAAAGGUCAUGGUGGGGACCCAUUGGUGGAUAGACAAAAAGAGUUUGCAAAGAUGUUGGAGGCACGUGGUGUGCACGUGACGAGGAAAUUCGGUGACGAUGGGUAUCAUGGUGUCGAGAUUUUUGAUACCAAGAAGGCACAAGUCUUGUACGAUGAUAUCAAGCGUUUCAUUUGGUGUUUUGAUGAAAAAAAGUCAACUUUAUGAUCGAUGAUUUGAUUUUUAAGUUAAGAUUGUGGAUUUUCUAAUAAGUUUGUGUUUCAUGUAGAUCUGUAUGGAUUUCCGAUAACAGUUACUUGGAUCACAUGUUUUAUAAUAUGUGUGGUGUUG